CCGUUCCUGAACAGCGGAACAGUCAAUUGAACACGGGAACAGCGCAAGGACGAGGGCCACAGAGCCUUCUUGAGCCUCGAGGACUUUCGCUAAGCUUUCCGGGCGUGGUGGGAGCGGCGGCGGCGGCGGCGGGGCGUGAUGGCGGGCGGCGGCGGCGGGGCGGCGGCGGCGGCGGCGGCCCUCGCGUCGGAUAUCAGCCGCCGGAACCCGCAGGACGAGUACGAGCUCAUCCAGCGCAUCGGCAGCGGGACCUACGGCGAUGUUUACAAGGCAAAACGUCUUAUUACAAAUGAGUUUGCGGCCAUCAAAGUCAUCAAGCUGGAACCAGGUGAUGACUUCACAAUCAUCCAGCAAGAAAUCCUGAUGAUGAAGGACUGCAGACACCCAAACAUUGUUGCUUACUUUGGGAGUUAUUUACGGAGAGACAAACUCUGGAUAUGCAUGGAAUUUUGUGGAGGCGGAUCCCUGCAGGAUAUAUACCAUAUUACUGGACCUCUUCAAGAGCGUCAGAUUGGUUAUAUGUGCAGGGAGACAUUGCGAGGGUUGGAGUACCUCCACCGUAUGGGUAAAAUGCACAGAGAUAUAAAGGGCGCCAAUAUCUUACUAACGGAGAAUGGUGAUGUGAAGCUGGCUGACUUUGGUGUGUCGGCUCAGAUCACAGCCACCAUAAGUAAAAGAAAGUCUUUCAUCGGCACACCAUACUGGAUGGCACCAGAGGUUGCAGCAGUGGAGAGGAAGGGUGGCUAUAAUCAACUUUGUGAUAUUUGGGCUGUUGGAAUUACGGCCAUUGAGUUAGCUGAACUCCAACCACCUAUGUUUGACCUUCAUCCAAUGCGUGCCCUUUUUCUCAUGUCCAAGAGUGGCUUCAAGCCCCCAACGUUAAAAGACAAGGCAAAGUGGACGCAAAAUUUUCAUCAUUUUGUUAAACUGAGUCUAACAAAGAACCCCAAGAGACGUCCAACUGCCGACAAAUUACUCCUUCACCCUUUUGUGGCGGCUGACCUUCCCAAGUGGCUGGCUGUUGAAUUGUUACAGAAAGCUCACAACCCACAGCAUUCAUUCCCUCCUGAAUUAGAGAUUGAUGAGGAAGGGGCAGUCACAAAUGUUCCUCAGAGAAUAACCUCAAGAACUCCUGCACGACCUAAGCAGAGAACUAAGUCAGAACUGCACAUGGAAUCUGUCAACUUUGGUGCUCCACUAGUCACAGAAUUAAAUGCAGAGCCACCUCCAGCCAGGUACCAGGGGGCAGGGCAACCAUGGGAUCCAGCCAUGGAGGAGGGAGAAGUAUCACUUGACAACCAUGACGUUGCAUCCAUGUUGAUGGAGAGUGAUCCUGAUAAUGACGUAAAAACCAAUCUGACCUGGACCCAGUCACUCCCUGGAGCACGGAGGGGCAGAGUGGGGCACAGGGACCCAACAGCUAACGGCCCCAGUGAGAAUGGUGGCUAUUUGAGACUAGAUAUGGACAGCACUGAUAGAGACUAUGCAAAUUUACCUCCCCUUGAUCUCUCUUAUCACUCUGACCUAAGUUACUAUGACCCCCCCAAUGCCAUGAGCACCUCCUAUGGUUCCAACCAGCAACCACGGAGGGCUGGGAGGAGCUUUGAGAUGGGCGAUGGGGGCAUCCAAGAUUCGUUCACACACGACUACUUCUUAAAUAAUCACUACAGUCAACGAGAGAUGGACAAUAAGCACUCAUACCUUGAGGGUAGUAAUGGUUACUCAGUUCCCGACAGUGAUAACAACGAUUACAUGACAACCUCAUUCAUUUUGAAGGAGGAGGAGGUUCCCUACCAUGACCCAACCUGUACAGUUGCUGACUGUCAGAGACCUAGUUGUCUGAUCCCGGACUAUUGUGAUGACACGACCAUACCAUACCGUUCCCUAGCCCCAAAAGACCAAUCCGACCAAGGGACCGAACGCCCCACUCGGUCCCGAUCCCAUUCGCGACACCACAAAAGACACCGGCACCGUUCGAAGAGUGACAUGGGCUCCUUGAAUGGCCCUCAACAAGCCCCCCCCUCCUUCCGGGAUGCCCAGGAAGGCCCUCCCGCGAGUGAGGCGAUGUCCGACACUCUCAGAAGGGAGAAACGGCCCCUCUCUGGCUCAGACGUGCUGCGAAUGUCUCCAAGGAGCCUAUUGCAGUAUAUUGAUGAAGAGUUGCGAAUGAGGGGUCACAGCGAUCGUCUCUCUGACUUGGACGUGGACAUGACCUACUCCUCGCAAGCAACCCUGCCGGUGGGUAUGGAUGAUACCUCCCUAACUGAAGCUAGUCAGGCCCUCGACAAGGCCAAUCAUAACAGCAGGUACAGCCAGUCAUCAUCACCGGGACGGGAACGAGGGCAUGCAAGAAGACAUUCCAGUGCUGAUGCUCACCAGGAAGAGGGGGAAGAGCUCACAGACCAGACUGCUACUCUUACCCUGACAUCGGCAACAGCACGCCAGAGAGCUCAGAGUGACAGCCAGCAUGAUCGCAGACGAGAUGGUUCAAAAGAGAAUGGGCAAGCAGGGAGUGGAGGAGAGGAGGAUGGAAGUGGCACACCCCCUGUUCCACCUCGGAGAAAAGAUAAACGGAGACACAACACACCUCCGAGACCUCAGUCGAAUGGCCUCCCACCCACCCCAAAAGUCCAUAUGGGAGCUUGCUUUUCAAAGGUGUUUAAUGGUUGCCCACUACAUAUCCACUGUACUGCCUCAUGGAUACACCCAGACACUCGAGACCAGCACAUACUGAUUGGAGCAGAGGAAGGGAUUUACACGUUAAAUCUCAAUGAGCUACAUGAAGCAGCCAUGGAACAGCUGUUGCCUACCAGAACCACUUGGAUGUUUGUCAUAAAAGAUGUGCUGAUGUCCAUAUCAGGAAAAGGUCCCUAUCUCUAUCGGCACGAGUUGAUUGGUCUACAUAAUCGACAUUUGCACAAGUUCUCGCUUCCCAUGAAUAAAAUCCCAGAAAAGUUCUUGCCAAGAAAAUAUGCAAUCACGACUAAGGUUCCGGAUACGAAAGGGACUUUGCGAUGCUGUGUAGGCCGUAAUCCCUACAAUGGCUACAAGUACCUGUGUGGCGCAACCAGCUCCUCUCUGUACCUGAUGCAGUGGUAUGACCCUCUUAACAAGUUUAUGCUGCUCAAGCAAAGUGAGUGCUACCUGCCUCAUCCUCUAAGAGUAUUUGAGAUGGUGAUCACGCCGGACCUAGAGUAUCCCCUCAUGUGUGUUGACGUCAACCGCAGCUACGGCUCGGAGGACAUCUUACGCCACAACCUCAUAAACCUCAAUACUGGCACGACUUGGACCCCUGAAGAUGACGAGGACAUGGAUGGAAUGGCUACCGUGGUCCCCCGGCAUAAUUUAAAUGUAAAAAAUGUCACGCAAAUUGAGAAGGAUGCCAUUCUAGUCUGCUUCGAAAAUGUUGUGAGAGUAGUUAAUUUACAAGGGAAGAUUAAGGAAAGAAAAAAACAGACAUCGGAACUUAAGUUUGAUUUCAAUAUUGAUUCCAUAGUGUGUUUAACGGACAGUGUGUUAGCAUUUCAUGAGCAUGGGAUGCAGGGUCGAAGUUUCAAGAAUGGGGAAAUCACACAAGAGAUUAUCGACAACUCUCGACUCUUCAGGUUACUUGGCUCUGACCGAAUUAUCACACUGGAGAGCCGACCAUCAUCAAUGUUGGAGCCAAGUAGUGCAGCCUCAGGGGAGAACCAGGGCGUCAAUUUGUACAUUCUUGCUGGACAUGAAUCUAGCAUGUACUGAGCUGUCCGCUGAUGGCUGCUGCAACAGUGAGAGCAAGAUACAACGAGAAGAGCAAGGGGUGCAAAUGGCUUGAGUGAGCGUGGCUUAGUGUUUGAGGAAAUAAGAAUGUGCUGGGACUAGUGUUUAGGGUACCAGAGAGGGACACCCUGCAAUCUCUUUAGAGUCCAGAUCUUGGUGUGGAGAUGCGUGUGUGAUAUACGAAGGUACCAGGUACUAUUUUCCUUAAAAAGACGAAAGAAGAGAGUUGUCUUAAAGGGAAAAAAAAAAACAGUGAGAGAAUUCAAUGGUUUAGACAAUAGAUGAGUGCUUUUAAUUGGUUUAAGUCUGCCCGGAUACCUGAACUUUUGUGUAUUUUAAUUGAAUUUUGCCUCGAUUAUGACUUCCUGGAUUGCUCAGAGUGAGAAACGGAAAUUCCUUUUUGACAGGAUUUAUAGCUACCAAAGAGGUGAGUGACUUCUAAAAAACGGAAGAAAAAUAUAUAUGUACCAAUAAAUACAAAAAGGUUCUAUAUUAUAGCUAAAAGCUUAUCAUUCACAACCAGCACACACAUUAUGGAAGUUUGAUUUGCAAAUUAUAGAAAAAAUUAUUGUUGUUAGAACCGAAAUAUUUUAAAGAAUAAUAAAAUGAAAUGGAGAAAAAAAUCAUAGGUUUAAACAGCCAUUUUGCUGAUGAAAUUGAUAGGAAGCAUACAGAUUCUGUAUUAUCUGUGUUAAAGGAAAGUGAUAGUUAAAACCCUGCUUUAAUUCAGAAACUAUACUACUUUUGAAAUGUUGAAUCUCCUAAAUACAAGGAUGAGGGAAUCACUAAUCCCAAACAGACUUGCAGUAUUUGCCAUAAUGAUAAGGAACUCCAGUGAACUUUCAGUGAAAAUUUUAAUCAUAUUUUGUUUAGUAUUCAUAUAUUUGGAGCUUUGUUUUAAGACAUUUAUUGGUUAGACUGCACCCUUGUGCAAACUAUACAGAUUGUUCUAAGGUUGUCCACAAUUGGCUGUACUACAAUGCACCAGGCAGGAAAAAAGGUUUAAUUUCAUGCAAGGAAUACUCCAUGUUUUGGUGAUUGCAGCAGAUAUGAUAUUUAUGGUGAAAUCUAGCCCUCAAAAGGCCUAAAAAUUGUGGCUUUAGUCCAUAACUGAAAUACUGAUGAUAUUUUAAGGACUAAAUUCCAGUCUUCUUAGUGGCUCAGGACAGUUUUUAUGAAUGUGUGUAUAAAGAGAGAAUUUUUACGAUAGCUGUAUUAGUCCAUUCUUUGCAGUGCAUGACAGGACAGUGUGAAAUCUUUGCCCAGUCAGUGAUUAGCUCUGUCCUCUUCAGUUCAUGCCAAUAAGUUCUUCAUACUGUUUUAAGGGAAACUCAAUCAGCAUAGGGCUGUAUGCUCAGUACUAGAAUGUAACCUUGUUUGUUGUAUGUACAUCCAGGUGAGAACCUCAUGUCCAGAUUGUAGUAUGUCCAAGGUGUACCCAGCAGUGUUGCAGUGUAACAGUAUUUCAAUAGUACCAGUAUGCUGUAGAUCUAAUUUUAAUGGCUGUAAAUGUUUAACAAAGACAUUUACAUGCGAAUUGUUAGACAGAAAGAACUUACGAAGGCAAAGCUGUUUUAUGAUUUUUUUGAAAAAUUAAAUCCUAUGGAGUGAGUAAAUUUCUAUAAGCUGAUCUUGAUAGGGUGUAUGAUAAGUUUUAGCUGGCCUGGUGUCUGUCCAAAGCAUCAUAUUUCCUGGCUCGCAAGAUGUGAACAUCAAGCAUUCAUCAUUCUCCCAAAGGAAACAGAGAGUAGCUCUUUCACUUAUUUAACUAUGCAUUGAUAAGUAAUAAUCAGUAUUUUAUGGGAUGACAAUUCCUUUGUUUGAGUGAUAUAUAUUUAAAGAGGUGUGCUGCUGUCUCUCUCUCUGCAAAGCCUAGCUUUUUUUAAUUUCUUUAGUAUGUAUAGAUAUUUUAACAGCAGGAAAACAGUGCAAAACAAUGAUAUAGUGAGUGCAUGGGUCUGAGAUUGAGAACUUUGAAAUCACUGAAUGUCUUGUUAUUUUGCAAAAAAUAAGUAAACAAAUAUUGGAAAUACUCCAGAUCAAAGCAUUUGUCUCCAAGACAAAAACUGUAGCAUUGCAAGUUGUGAAACUCUAGAAUGGGCUGAAAGUAUUGAUGAGUCAGGCAGCCAUAUGAAAUGUAUAUUUUGUGGCCUUUGUACUUGGUUUUGAUCAGAGGAAUUUCAUGUAUUAAAUGUUGUUCAAGUAAAUUAAAUGUGACAUACAUUUUCUAAAAGGUUCAGGGUGCACCUUAUUUUUUACUGGAUACAAGGAAAUUCCAGGAUGACCGAGGAAGAGAACUGCUGUUAAAGUGCACGAAGACUGGUUUAUUCUGUGGUGCUUUUGGAGGUUAAACAAGAAAAUGAGAGUGAAAAAGCAAGGAAGAUAGAGAUUGGUGUCUGUUUUUAAAUGAAACAUUUAUUGACAACACAAAAGGCGACAUCUGGCAUAGGGGAGAUGAAAAUAAUGAAGGUAAACUGUUUUAAAACGGGUUGGUAAAAUAGCACUUUAGAUUUGAAAAGAUCAUAGUAGUACUUGGCUCUUGACAGUAAGAAAGGAGAAUUAGCAUUUUUUGUAUGCCCAAGUUUGUGUGUGUGUGCGUGUCUGUCUGUAAGUAUUGUAUACUUACAAGAGUGUUUGUUGCUCUGUUUCAUUUGGGUUUAAUUUUUUUUGGCUGUUGUGUACAUGUGAAGGUUAGAGAGUGAGUGACUGGAGGAAUGUUUCACAGCUCAAGCUUUACAAAAUAGUUAUAAGUGUGAUGUCUGAUUUUUUGUUUUAGGGAAUAGUGUAGGAUUGUCUUGUGUGCACUUAUUUUUUCCUUGUUCUUUUUGUCACUUUUUUUCCUUACAUUGUGAAACUCGUUAUACGAAGAAAUAGCAGAGAUUACUUCUAGUGAGAGGUAAAAGAAAGGAAAGAAACCAUUCCCUCUAGUUUGUAAGAUCUUCACAACUCUAAGCUUAUGAACUUUCUUCCAUUUAUGCAGGAUUUGAUUCUAGCUUCUAUUAACAGCAUUGAAUAUAAUUUGGUCAGAUUCCAUUUAUCUGUAUAUCAUACUUUAAUCCUUGACGGUGUUGGGAGCAGACCAUUAUAUAUAUCAAGGGUAAAUGUGGAGUUCAUGCUCUGGGUAUCUGAUAUAGAAGAAAACGUAGGUCAGUCGUAUCUGCUGUUGACCCACAGUGAUGUGCGUACUGUUGUUUGAAAUAACAAAGAAUUUUCUAACGGGUUAUAUGCUAUGUAUAAUUUUGUAUUACUUGAUAUUACUAUGUUACCGACAUUUUUUGUGAUUUAAAUUCUUGUCAUAUAUAUAUAUAUAUGUGUAUUACCUGCAUGCCCUUGUCUGAUUGUGUUGUACUCCAUAUCCAUCAUAGAAGUUUAGCUUUUCAUUACAGUUUAAGCAUUGAAGUUCAGUAGAUUUUUUUAUAUUUUUUUCUUUCUUUCUUUUUUUUUUCCCCCCCUUGAGAUUUUUUUGUUUUUUUCCAUUGAUAUAUAUCAUUUAUACUGGAGUGAAGUCAUGUGUACUUAAUUGAUUGCUCAUGCUAUCCACCUUGGUUUGAUAUUGGUGCUUGUGGUGUGGUGUUGGCUAGGCUGAAGUCUUGGCUCGGUGACAGACAUUGUAAAGAGGAAACUACAAGACGUAACUCUUACCUGAUACACUGUAGAAAGGAAAUUAUGAUAGACUCUGUCCCAGAUGCAAUAUUCCUAGCAAUUGUUACUGUAAAACAUUUUGUUGAUUUGAUUACAUUGAGGGAGUGCUUGGUAAUGGUCUAACAAUUAAGAUUGGUACCUUCAUAGUAGGACCACACAAAUCAAAACAAAGUGUAGUGGCUUACUCAUUCCAAAUUGUUUGUGUGUAUACAUCACAGCAAAUUAUAUGGAAAAACUGAAAUAGUGAAUUGGAAAUAUGUGGUACUUAUUUGAUGUUAGAACUAGAUAAUCAAAAUCUUAGAAGUCUUACGCAUGACUUGAAAGGUUAGAUUAAGAUAUGAAGGGAAAACUUUACCACAGUGGUAAUAAAACUUUAGUUCUGAUGUAGUGCCUUGAAUGUACAGUUUAAAAGGUUUUGUUAUAGUAUUGUUUUUUAUUUAUUUAUUAUUAUUUUUUUUUUAUUAUUAUUUCCCCCAUACCCAAACCCCCACCCCACCCCAAAGAGAGGAGAUAUCAUUUAUCAAGCUUUUCAUAUAUAGUUACAAAAAUCUGGUACAUAAGGUUAUGAAUACAGUAGCUUGUCCAUGGGGCUGUCAAAGAUUACAAUAUGCAUAUCCAAGAAAAAAAAAAAAAGAAAAAAAAAAGCC